UAGCUGAGCUGAGGCACUGUCCUCGGGCAGCAGCAAAAAUUCCCAGCAUCAUCUGCGCCAUGUCAGCACCCAAUAGGCAAUCAAUGGUGCACUGUACAACGAUAAGAUCUCCUCUUGAUCCCAAUGCAACUUUCCUGUAAAUUCUUCUUUUCGUUCUGCUCCCAACUUUGUCAUUUCUAUCCAAUCAUGUUUGUCUUCCAUGUUCCUCCUUUUGCCAUCUUUUACAUGACAUAACCUUCUCGGCUUCUCGCACCGGCUUUUCGCAUGUCGAACGAGGAAAUUCGGUAAGAUUGCGUUUCGAUCGGAGCCCUUGCCAAUGCAAAUGCGCAAGAACCAACCCAUGAGGAUCGAUCAGCCAUUACUUAAUCCAUUUCAUGAGCUUUACCAGGCCUAUUGCCGAAACGCUCACCAACUUUUCUAGGUACAGAAAAAAAGCUCAUCCUGUGUGCUAAUGAGGCACUUUGCUCUCCGAAAAGCCGCUUAUAUACAGAAGAUGGGCUACAGCUACACACCAUCAUGGAUGCUGCUUCAGAAUCCUCUAUCUCUCUGCCCAUCUUCUUCCACGGCAAGGUCGCUAUAAAAUAGGCGAGGAUCCGGAAGCUCCAUGUGAACCCCACCCAUGGAUGCAGCAGAACAGUGAGUGAUUGGCAGCGCAGCAACUGUUUUAAGAAAGCCUGGAGGAGGAGGAGAAGAGAGAUGGCGAGGCUCCCCGCGAUGCGCCUGGCUGUGGUCGCCCUGGCCCUGUGCUGCUGCUGCUGCCUCACCCAUGCUGCUGCUGACACCGCGUUUCCUCCUGGAUUGAAGGUCGCGCAGCAUACCAGAGCGGCUCCGCCUUCGUGCGGCACAGACGAUCAGGUGGCCGCCGUGGCGGGAGAAGCGGAGGCGGCCGGCGCCGGCGCCGGCGCCGGCGGGAGGAUGGAGCUGGAGCUGGAGGACUACCCGGGCUCCGGCGCUAACGACCGGCACUCGCCAUGGGGCCAGCAGCGGAGGAAUUGACGAGCUCAUCGCGUUGGCGUGCAGAGGAAUGGACUUCUGAUAGAAUCCAGAGCAUCUUGUUCAGAGUUCAGAGUUGACUACUGUAUACUACUACCGUAUCUGUACCGUAAUGCUGUACACGUUAGCCUGUAUAUGUACGUCAAAUAUCAGGUCGUGAUGAGAGACUUAUCAACGGUCCAGUUGUUUCUAUUUGAAUUUUCUUCCUUCUUAAUACAAAGAUACGGGUUUUCUAUC